AAAGUUUGACUACACUUCACCAGGAAAGAGUGUGAAAAUGAAAGGUUACGACGGGACUCCCCUUGUACAAACACACAUGCAUGAUGCCUAGCAGAUGUUGCAAGCAGGUUGAAGUCCACUGACACAGAAGCUGUUUUCUGGUAUCGAACAACAUUGAAGUAGACUUUGUAUUCACUAGCACAGAAACAACCAUGUUGCGUUGCUUCCUCGUGGUGCUGGUUUUUCUGCCAUCUUGGACUCGCGGUGCCAAAGACGAUCGCCCGAGCUGCCGACCGAUAACCGCCACCUUCUGCCGAAAUGUGGGUUACACCACCAGCCGGUACCCGACCGGCGUCCAGGGUGUCAACGUGCAGCAGCUGAGUCAGAUCGUGGAGACGGCGUGCUCGCCGAACAUCGCCACGCUUGUCUGUCGCGUGGCCUUCCCGGAGUGCUCGAACGACGACAAUCGCGUAAAGCCGUGCAGGGCCAUGUGCAAUAAGGCCAAGAGCGAGUGCGACGCCGCCCUCAAAGCCAAGCGCCUGGUCUGGCCUACCAAGCUGCAGUGCGACACGUUGCCUGAAUCGAACUGCGUGCAGACCCCAGCGAGUCCACUGACUCCAGUGAUGCCCGAAGACCAAUCUCCUCAUCUUCAUCGCCGCCCCCAGUCCUCGUCUGCCACACCAGCGCAGGGGGUCCUCCUUCUAAAUACCGUUCUGCAGCCUCUUCACAGCAGCAGCCUGUACCACAGCCGGUCCAGCCAAGCUUUCCCUGUUCACCUUCCUGACCGCCUCGGAGCUCAACAACCACCAACAACUUCAUCAUGUCAACCCAUCACAAUCCCCCUAUGCCAAGGCAUCUCAUACACCCAGACUAUCAUGCCCAACUCUUUAGGCCACACGUCACAGGAAGACGCCGGCCUGGAGGUGCACCAGUUCUACCCGCUGGUCAAGGUUCAGUGUUCGCCUCAGCUGAAGCCUUUCCUGUGCUCCGUCUUCGUUCCCGAGUGCCGGGCGGGAAUCGUUCGUUCUCCGUGCAAAACUCAGUGCGAGCAGGCCCGCGCCGGAUGCGAGUCCUUGAUGAACAAGUUUGGCUUCUCAUGGCCGGACAAGCUGAAUUGUGAGAAUUUUUCCAUGUAUUCCUGUGAGCAGGAUCCCAGAAACGUUUCCGAAACGACCGUUUCAGGCACGUGCGAGCGCAUUACGGAACCUCUCUGUACAGAUCUCCAGUACAGCCAAACCGUCCUGCCCAACGUCCUAGGCCACAAAAACCAAGAGGAAGUCGGCGUACAAGUUAGCUCGUACUACUCGCUGAUCAACUUGGCGUGCUCGCCCCACCUCAAGACUUUCCUUUGUUCAGUCUUAACGCCUGAGUGUAAGGCGGGAAAAGCCAGAACACCGUGCAGGACCUUGUGCGAGCUGGUGCGGUCCAGCUGUGUACCUACGCUGAGGGAUUUAGGCUACUCUUGGCCUGAGUCGCUCAAGUGCGACGCUUUCAGCACCGCGUCGUGCCAGCACUUUGGCAUGGCAGAGGGCGGCGGCAUUUGCGAGCCCCUCAGCAUCUCUAUGUGCCAAGGCCUGUCCUACAACCAGACGAUAAUGCCCAACCAACUUGGCCACACCAGCCAGCGAGAUGCUUCCGUUAAGCUGUCCUUCUUCGAGACCUUCGCCAAGUCCGCUUGCUCGUACGACAUCCGGCCUUUCCUGUGCGCUGCCUACGCCCCGCGCUGCUCCCAGGGCCGGAUACGGAGACCCUGUCGGAGUUUUUGCCAGACCGCCCGCGACCACUGCGAGGCCCGUUUGGGUCACUACGGCAUAUCCUGGCCGCGGGAGCUGCGCUGCGAGGCCUUCCCAGUGCGCGACUGCGUCACCGAAGACAACAGGUCAGAGAUGCUGGAUGCUAAUGGCAUAGUCGCCGCCCUGCUGGCUGGAGGCCACUCAGUUCGAGGAAAAUCGCUGACUAUCAGGACCGCACGCUUGCUGCUGAAACUCGCAGAUGCAGACCAAUCAGGGGACCUGGACAUGUUGGAGUACUUCAAACUGGAUCACUACGUAGCGGCCGCCAGACGGGAAUAUGUGGAUACCUACGAAAGGAGGCAGCCUCAUUCUUUUACUCAGGCGAAUAUGAACGAGGCAUUGGCUGUGAGGGGGUUUGAACUAGAAAGGGACAGCUUGAUUACACUGUGGUUGGAGUACAGCAACCAAGGAAAGCUCGAGUACGACGAAUUCAUCGCUCUAUUGACAAGAUUGCAGAUCCUUAAAGAUAGUUUCCACGCUAACCUUCUCAAUUUGCCGUGCGACUGCAAAGUGGCCAGCUUCUCUUUCAAGCAGUUCAUGAAGUCCGCCGUCGUCUGAAGAUCAGCUGGAACCAACAAAUUUAGUAAUAGCACCUUUGGAUUUUUUUUCAAAACUAUUUUAAAAAAAUCUAGAUAUGUGUAUAUAUAGAUUAUAAACAUGUUGAAAUACAUUGAAAGCGCACAAUAGUGCUGUACGAUAUGACAAUAUUAAUAGCCAAAACAUUAUGUUUUUGAAAUUUAACAUGUCUAUUGUUACUGUCGCCCUAAAUAGACCUGUUUCAGCAAUGUACAUUCUGUUCCACAGAGGGCGCCCUUGCUGUUACUGUUACUUUUUAGCCCUUAAAAAAAUAAAAAUUAAUCAAAAACCCGAUCCUUUCCACCCGAUUCCGAUCCUCUGAAAAAUGGCGCGAUCAUCCCGACUUGAUCUGAUCGGGGACAACCCUAAAACUGCUACUUCUGUAUGUCCUGGAUAGUUUUAGGUUGCAGUGCAACGCGUUACAUUCAACAAUGGUGGCAGGUCAAUUUAAAGUCAAUUCAAAAAUUGAGUAGGAGAUACAUUGCCAUAAUUCUCGAAAUUUAUUAUACCGUAAGAUAUCAAAAUCAUGAUAUAAAAAUGGCCCAUAUCUUUAUUUUUCUUUUUUUUUUUUUUUUUUUUUUCCAUAUCGCACAGCACUAGUACACAAGCGUUAAUGUCAAUGAAGAGUAAAAAAUAGUGGUAACUUAGGCAAAUAUUGAUUUCACAGCUGAACUACCAAAGUCAAAUAUUUCUGUUUUUGAACUUUGAAAGUUCCGCUGUAAUGUAAUUGGAAUAAAAAUGAGUCUACGCAUUAAAAAAAAUAAAAAGAUGUCUUGUUCCUCA